CAAAAAUGGUUCAAAACGCUGCUUGCUGCACGACUUGUUUCCAGGAAGCGACGAUGGGCGAGUUCAGUGAAAUUACAAUCGAUGGUGAGCUUUUUACUCAAAGGAAAGUACGGGCAAAUCAUGCCCGGUGCUUGGCGUCAAAAUCAUCUGCCAACCGAACUUUGACACCCUUAUUACAUCGAGAAGCUCAGCGUAUUCAGGCUUGCAUUCGAAGACAUCGCUCUGAGACUGACUACACCCUGUUGAAGGAAGCCGUGCGAAGAGUCCAACUCAUGUACUAUGUCUCUAGACUCACACAAAAGACUGACCAAGCAAAGCGGGCCGUCGCUUUGCUUACAAGUAGCAUUGACGGCCAGCUCUCGCGAAGCUACCGUUUGUAUCGACAACGCCAGCGAGCUGCUUUCUUUUUGAGACGCUAUCCUUGCAAUCAAGGUAAAACCAAUACAGCAUCCUUUUUUGCAGCUCCCGACGCCACCAAAAACCCGAAUGAUCGUCGCGCUGUGAGUGUCAAAGUAAUUCAGCAACUGGAUCAGCAACGUUUGCUGGUUAAGUUUUGCCAUGAGACUUUUUUGCGCCAACGGUUUGCUGCGAUGGUCUUGCAAGGAUUUUGGCGAGAGCUUAUGGCGCUGAGGUCUCACCAAGCCGAUGGUCGUCGCAAUGUAAUCGCCACUCGUGGAGCGGAACCUUUUGCUGAUGGUAAACAACACGUGCUCCGCCUCCACCAAGAAAAAAGAUCUCUGUAUUGUUAUCGAGCCGAAUUCGCUGCCAGUAUCAUUCAGUUGCGUGUUCGUAAAUACUUCUUCAAAUGCAGUUUUCGAAGACAUCAUGCUGCCCGGGUCCUCCAAAACUUUGCACGUCAAGUUUACAUACUACGACUGAGGAACAAAAGAAAAGCGAUUGUCCAGAUCCAACAACAAAAAGCUCUCUAUGUACUCCAGAAAUUUGGUCGACGUGUUCUGUUAGACUCAAAGUCUGCCGUCGAGGUUGCUGUGAAGAAAUUGCUUAAAACGAUUGAUGCUUCCUCCCGCCAGCACACGAGAGAUCUUCUGACAGCAAGGGGUGGCAACCUUUGCCUAGACCGCUACGCACUUUAUGUGCAUCAGCAACAAGGGGAUAUACGUGGGAACGAGCAUGCUGCGAGGUUUUCUUAUUCCAAAAGCAGUUGGCUAGACGACAGCCUACACCUGUCCGCUCAAGCUCACAACAUUGCUCCGAGAGAAGACGCAUUCGAAUCUCUUCUUUCGCCGAUCAAGCCAGUACGCGAGCCUUCCUGUUCGCCAUAA